UCCCAAUCAUCAAUCACUACACACACCACCACCAUCAAGUCAAACCAUUGCCCUUCAUCAGGACUGUCAUGACUUGUCGUUCACAAUUGUCAGACGUAGAACCCUUUUGAUUUGCCGAGUCAACUUGAAUCCCUCCCAAGCAUGGCAUGGCAUGUCGCCAUCCAUGGCGCAAUCCGCUGUCAGCAGUCACGAUAACUAUACAACCGGUCCCAACGGCUGCAUAUUAUUCUGGUAACAGCAGCCAGGCACCUUUGUUUUGUCCUCCUGUCACAUCACAAUCUACUUAUGAGACCAUAAAUGACCAGGGGCCGAGGAGAGAAGAGGGGGCGCUGCUCCCCGGGCUUGUGGCCGACGUCUGUGCACGCCAGAGUGUAGCUGCUUCCGAAGAAGCACCACAGCCCCAGCAACUCCUUUUUCCUUCCCCAAUCCUUGACCGUUUGAAUCUCGAGCAUCGCGAUCUACAAACCUCGCUUGUGGUUAGAAUGGUCGAUCCGCCAACCAGGUCACGUGAAUGAAGAGGACAUGCCUUGCAGCCAGAGAACUUGCUCGAUACUUUCGGAUAAUGACCUCAGCGCCAGGCACAUCCGCACAGCACUGGUAUGUGUGAUGAUACAUAUAACAGGGCUUCAAUGUUGGCUCUGAAGAAACGAAAGAAUGAAAC